AUGUCUGACCUCGUCUUCAUCACAGGCGGCUCCGGCCACAUCGGCUGCCGCGUAAUUAUCUCAGCUCUGCAAGCAGGGUAUUCUGUCCGCGCUGCCGUCCGCAGCUCGUCAAAAGCCACCUUGAUCCUCGCCACGCCAUCUAUUCAGGCUCUGAACCCCGAAUCCAAGCUCACCUUCGUCAUUGUCCCCGACCUGCUCGUCGAUGGUGCAUACGACGACGCCAUUAAAGGCGCAGCGUACGCGAUACACGUCGCAUCGCCAUUAGCCACUCCGCUUGAAGAGGGCGAGAAUUACCAUACGAAGUUGAUUCAGCCUGCAGUCAAGGGCACAGUGAACAUGCUCGAGGCCGCGAAGAAAUAUGGAGGCGUGAAACGGGUGGUGAUUACUUCAUCUGUUGGUGGUAUCGCGUUCUGGAAGGAUCUUCACGAAUGGCCUGCUGAGACAGUUGUUACUGAGAAAACAAGAGCGAAGAACAUCCCGGAGCCGUAUACGAUGGACGUGGAGGCGUACAGUGCUGGCAAGAUCGCAGCGCUGAAUGAGACGGAGGCGUGGAUGAAGCGCGAGAAGGGGAAUAUUUCAUUCGAUGUGGUCAACAUCUUCCCGUCAUUUGUGUUGGGUAGGGACGAAUUGGCUACGAGUCCAACAGAAGCGCUGAAAGGCACGAAUUUGCUUGUUCUCGGGCCAGUACUUGGAGAAAAGGUAGAUCUCCCAUUGGUGGGGAGUUCGGUCGAUGUAAGAGAUGUUGCACUUGCGCAUGUCAAGGCUCUAGAUCCAAAGGUGCCCGGCAACCAGGGGUAUCUGCUGACGGCUGGAGGUCUUGAGGGAAGGCCCCUGGAAGAUGUGUUUGAGAUUGUUGCGCGAAAUUUUCCUGAUGCUGUCAAGGCUGGGGUUUUGCCAAACAACGGCAGAAUCGCGAGCAAGCCGCGGAAGUUUGAUGCGGCGGCUUCUGAGAAAGCGCUGGGCAUGAAGUACAUUGACUUCGAGGAGCAGGUGAAGGAUGUAAUCGGGCAUUAUAUUGAGUUGGUUGCGGCGGCGAAGAAAAAUUCUGCAUGA